AUGCGCACCAUGAAGGAGUUCAAGCUGUCUGGAUCUCUCAAGACUGUCUACUGCUUUUUAGUCCGAAGCAUGCUAGAGUAUGCGUCUGUGCUCUGGGACCCAUUUGUGGUUAUUGAUUCUUGCCACUUAGAGCGUGUACAAAGGCGCUUUCUGUCGUCUGCAGCUUACAUGCUAAAAAUUGUCCAUCCUCCUCACGACUAUACUCCAGUAUUGCGCGCACUUAGCCUUACAUCUUUAGCAGAUAGGCGCGUUAAAGCUAAUCUGGCCUUUUUAAAAAAGUUAAUCUAUGGUUCCUUAAAUGCCCCUUCACUGCUUAUCCAAGUAAACUUUAAAGUUCCACAUCGGGCCACAAGGUCUCGAGUUCCUUUUACUGUACCUCUCCACUUUACCAAUUACGGUAAAAACAAACCAAUUGACCGCAUGAUGCGGUUGGCUAACGAGGACCCCUCCUUUCUCAGUUUACCUUAA